AUGGCUGAAAGGUUGUCCAAUCUCCUUCCUCACUUGGUAUCAGAUGAACAAUGUGUGGUCCAAAAGGGCAAGAUUAUUUCAGCUAACAUUGGCUUGGCUUCUGAGCUUGCAAACCUACUUCACACAUCAGUAAGGGGUAGUGGUAUGGGGAUAAAGGUGGAUGUCCAAAAAGUGUACGACACGAUGUCAUGGGAUUUCCUCUUUGCGGUGUUGAAGAAGUUUGGUUUCUCGGAUGUGUGGUUGGGUUGGAUAUAUGAGAUUUUGGUGUCUUCCAGAAUUUUGGUUUUAUUUAAUGGUGGGCCUAUAGGUUUCAUCGAUGUAGAGAGGGAAUUGAGGCAAGGGGAUCCAAUCUCGCCUAUACUAUUCAUUCUAGCAGAGGAAGUUCUAUGUAGGGGCUUGAAUGGUUUACUGAAUGAGGGUAAAAUAAAAGCUCUCCCUGGGCCAAGAGGGGCGAAAGUUCCUACCCACCUACUCUUUGCCGAUGACAUCUUUAUAUUUUUGAAUGCUACUGCCAAACAUGUCAAAUGCUUGCGUGAGUUCCUUCAUAAAUACCAACUUUUUUCAGGUAAAAAAUUCAACUUGGAAAAGAGUAAAAUUUUCUUUGGCAAAGUGGCUCUCCACAGGAAGAGGUUUAUUGCGGAUUUGAUUGGAAUCCCAUCUUGUGCACUGCCAACAAAGUACCUCGAGGUAGAGAUUUUAAGGCGCUGUCAAAAAGGAUAG